UUAACUCUGGAACACUGUCAGAUAUGUAUAAGACAAUGGAAGAAAUGAGAAAAGUUGCAGUAUACAUAAUUGAGAUUGCCUCUAUGCAAAAUUGCUGUCCCCUUUGGAUGUCAGGAUAUUUUUAGAAUGUCAGACAAGGAAAUAGCUGCUGCUUAUAUAGGGAUUAAUAGGCCUGCGACUGUGCUAUAAGAGGGAGAAAAGAGACACUUAUUUAGCAUUUCUGGGUUCUUAUUGCAGAGUGCUGUCUGUUUGAAAGGACUGAAACUUGGCUUUGAUCGCUUUUACAUAUGUAGGACUCCGGAAGAAUUCAUAGCUAUGACAGCUUUAAUGUACCAUUUGCUUUUCUUGGACAUUGAAUCUUUCCCUUGUUACAGCAGUUAAUAGACAAACUUAGCUUGUGGAUAAACAUCAAUUUUUUUUAAAAAAAGUUGCUGACAAUUAACUGCAAUCUGCAGUACGAUUUUAAUGGUUACCUUUUAGUUUGUUCAAUAAACCUCACUCAACUUUUUCUCAUAUGGGUUUGUCACCAUCUGUUUGAUAUUUGGCUUCUCUUUAGCUUUUUAUUAUUCACGAAAGUAAGUCUUUCGAAGAAGUAUUUCUUCUCUGUCUUGGAUAAGCCCCGCAGUUUUCAUGUCUUCCUUUUUCCAUGCACCCAGUGGAAGGAGCGAGUAUAAGCAGGGACUUUGAUGGUUGAAUAGGGGAGUGGGGUUGGUGAAAACGAGUCGGCAAUGGCUUCAACUUCUUGUGCCAAGCAGAGUCCAGCGCCUAUGAAAGAACCAGUUAUGACCUAUCUUCAAUACCCAGCACCUCUUGCAAGAUAUGAGGAUGUUGCUGCCAGCCCUAAGCUUUUCAUGGCUACCUUGGAGAAGCUCCACGCUUCUAUGGGAACCAAGUUCAUGAUCCCCAUUAUUGGGGGAAGGGAGUUGGACUUGCAUCGGCUUUUUGUGGAGGUAACUUCUCGCGGUGGCUUUGAGAAGAUUGUUAGAGAGAGAAGAUGGAAGGAAGUGACUACCAUUUUCAACUUUCCUUCUACUGCUACAAAUGCAUCCUUUGUUCUACGCAAGUACUAUGGUUCCUUGCUUCACCACUACGAGCAACUUUACUUCCUUAAAACUCGGGGCGGGCCUCCUGGCUCAUCUGUUCCCUUGCAGAGCUCCUUUGCAUCACAGGUUCCUGCACAAGUGAUUGUGCAGCCGUCGCCCGAGUAUGAAGCAGCUACAUCCCCGCAAAAAGGGACAAACACUGCAGAGUUGUGUGGAGCCAGGGCAGCAGCAUCAGGAACUUCUCAAGUAAUAGGGGUCAUUGAUGGGAAAUUUGAGAGUGGGUAUCUUGUUACUGUAACAAUAGGGACAGAGAAGCUCAAAGGUGUCCUUUAUCAGGCACCACAACACCAAUCGUGCCGAGUGCCACAGCAUUAUAAUGUCUCUGCCAAUAAUUUUGGUAAUGCCGUAGCUGUAUCAGGCACACAAAGGCGGCGGCGCAGAAAGAAAAAUGAGAUAAAAAGGAGGGAUCCUGCUCAUCCAAAGCCAAACAGAAGCGGCUAUAAUUUUUUCUUUGCCGAGCAGCAUGCGAGACUGAAGCCUCUUUACCUCGGGAAGGACAGAGAGAUCAGCAGGAUGAUUGGUGAACUAUGGAACAAGCUGAAGGAAUCAGAGAAAGCAGUUUAUCAGGAAAAAGCUAUUAAAGAUAAAGAAAGAUACAGAAUAGAAAUGGAGAAUUACAGGGAAAGAUUGAAAACAGGACGAGUUAUUAGUGAUGCAGUUCCACUACAGCAAUGGCUCCCUGAACAGGAUAUAGAUAUGGUGGAUGCUGCGAUGAAGCCUGAUGAAACUGAAGGAGUGGACUCUCCUCAAACUAUGGGUAAUGAUAGUAGUUGUGGUAACAGUGAUUCUGAAGAUGAAUAUAAAACAACUGAAAAGGAUUUGGAUGGGGCAGCAUCUCUAGGGAUGCAAUUUAAUGUUGAUGAUGAUUACAUGAUUAUGAACACUUCAGCUGAAGCAGCAGCUUUUGAGCCAUCUAGUAAGGAGGGCAAUAUUGGAGAUCAGGGGGUAGAGAUGGUUGGCAAUGUCGGCGAUGAAAACCUGGAGAAUAUGGUAGUUGAAGAAGGCACAGAAAAAGUAGCCGACGAAGAACAAUGUUGUUCGUUCUCCACGACGUAGGUUUUAAUCUUUAUGUUCAUGUGUUCAUCUAGAACUCGCAUUUUAUUAUUUUGUAGUCUGCAAUGCUGUGAAAAGUAGGGUUAGUUAAUGUAGGGAGAUGCAGAAGUUUUGGCUGACUUGUGACAGUUUUGUAGGGAGGAGGAAAAUUUUUAUGCACUUGUUGAAACUAACAUUGUGGUUGCUUGUCCACCUAUGUUUCAAAUACAAUUCCAGAAUUAAUGGCUACUCUG